GCAACCCCCACAAGGAAGACGACUUGGUACACAGAUUGCUACAAGCCUCCCGCUUCAAUAGCUAGACCCGAUUCCCACGCUGCCUUUGUGACUCAUCUUCUUUGCAUCUGCUUUACAUAAAUUUUGAAAGAGAGAGAAAGCUUGGGACUUGGAAAGCAUAGAGAGAGAGAGAGAGAGAGAGAGAGAAAGAGAGAGAGAGAGAGCGAGAGAUUUGGGGGGAGUUGUAACGACAACCCAACAAGAACUUCAACAACAACAGCAACAGAAGCUACUUUUUUGGUGUAUAUGUGGCUUUCCUUUACGGUACGAAUUAAGAGACUCACAAUGAUUUGGUAAUAAACUUGAAAAAGGAAGCUCCUUUUCUUUUUCUUUCAUUGCUUUUCUUGGUGGGUUAAUGUGCUUGGAUUUUGAUUUCAUCUUGGUUUCUUGUUGGAAUCUCAGUUCAUUUGGAUGUAAGAAGUUGCUUUCGUUUACUGGGUGUUGAAAUUUUUUGCGCAAUAUUGGGGUUCUUAGUCAAUGUGAUUGGUAAUGUCAUACUUGAUUACCAAUCUUAGGAAAUUGGUCAUGGCGGCUACUACUAGUUGUUCUUUCAUUGCUCAUAAAUGUGGAAAUAUCAUCUUUGGAUGAUUUGAUGUUUGUUAGAAUUCAUUGCUCAGUUUUUGGGAUGGGUAGUACUCCAAUGGCAGAGAGGAAUUCCUCUGCCUCCUCCCUAGUGAUCGUUUCUAGGAAAUCUUUCUUUUGUUUGUUUACUUUCACAUCACUUCUGUUCAUAAUGUCAUGGUUUUUUGUUUUGAGAUCUAGUGGUCGUCCUCAGUUCAUUGACCAUGGGUUGUUACCCAGUUCCAAACAAUUUUUUGUUACUGAAAAUGGCAAUCCCGAAACCCGGAUUCAAAAUAAUGUUGACCAUUCAGUAGGAAAUCGAUCGAUUCUUAGAGACAAUAAGGGAGGAGAAGAAGAAGAAGAGACACCUGAGAAAUUAGUGGACGUUAAGUGCAAUGCUGGUGAUAAACAGACCCUUAGGGUUUUCUUAUAUGAUUUGCACCCUGAGUUUCAUUUUGAACUCUUAGACUGGAAACCCUCUGGAGAGAGUGUUUGGCCUGAUAUCCGAACUAAAAUACUGGAUUACCCUGGUGGGUUGAACUUGCAACAUAGUAUAGAAUAUUGGCUUACACUGGAUCUCCUUGCUUCGGAACUACCUGGUUCGACUAGUGCUCGUAGUGCAAUAAGAGUCCGCAAUUCCAGUGAGGCUGAUGUUCUAUUUGUCCCUUUCUUUUCUUCAUUGAGCUAUAACCGGUAUUCCAAGGUGAAUCCACAUCAAAAGAAGAGCAGGAACAAUUUUUUGCAAGAGAAGUUGGUGACGUUUUUGACAGCUCAACCAGAAUGGAAGAGGUCAGGGGGACGUGACCAUAUAGUUUUGGCUCACCAUCCAAAUAGUAUGUUAAAGGCGAGGAUGAAGUUGUGGCCUGCAAUGUUUAUACUUUCAGAUUUUGGAAGGUAUCCUCCGAAUAUAGCAAACGUUGAGAAAGAUGUCAUAGCUCCUUACAAACAUGUGAUUAGACGCUAUGUUAACGACAAGUCUGACUUUGACAGCAGACCUACUUUGCUUUACUUCCAAGGAGCCAUAUACAGAAAAGAUGGUGGCUAUGCUCGGCAAGAGUUGUUUUAUCUUCUAAAAGAUGAAAAGGAUGUGCAUUUUUCAUUUGGGAGUGUUCAAAAAGGUGGAAUCAACAGUGCUAGCCAGGGAAUGCACUCUUCAAAAUUCUGCCUCAACAUAGCCGGUGAUACCCCAUCAUCCAAUCGCCUCUUCGAUGCCAUUGCUAGCCACUGCGUUCCAGUCAUCAUCAGCGAUGACAUUGAGCUCCCUUACGAGGACGUUCUCGAUUACUCACAAUUCUGCAUAUUUGUCCGCACAUCCGACGCCAUCAAGAAGAACUUCCUCAUAAACCUCAUCAGGAGUAUAGGGAAAGACGAAUGGACCAGAAUGUGGAAGAAGUUGCAAGAAGUCGAAAACUUCUUCGAGUUUCAAUAUCCAUCUAAGGAAGGUGAUGCUGUCCAAAUGAUAUGGCAGGCUAUAGCUCGCAAGGUUCCCUCCAUUAAAAUGAAGAUCAACAGGUCUCGGCGAUACUCUCGCUUUGUUCCCCAUAAAGAUAGAGGUUUAAGCUCAGUACCAUCACCUAAUAAUUUUUGGUGAGUAGGAAAACUUUUUUUUACAUGAUUUGUUGCCCCUGCAGCUGUUAAAGCACAGAAAGCAUUUAGGUUCUGUUGCUUGAGCAGAUGGCAGUUGCGGCAUUGCAAUUCUAACUGCAGAUUUUGUGUCUUGAAAAGCAUAAUCUUCUCUGUAAAGAUGAGACAAUGGACAAUGUUGAUAUUUGGGCAUUCAGUUUUCUCACAUUCUUUCAUUUUGAUAGUAA